UGGGAAUUAUAUUGAUUGGUAGUUUCAUUGAAUAUUCUAAUUAUUCUUAGAUAUUCUGGGUACUGGAUACAGCGGUUGCGGCCGGCUCUAGUGAGAAUACCAUACCAGUUUUGGUUGAGCUAGGAUGCGUCCUCCAACAAGUCCAAUUGCCUCACUUCCCGAUAUUGCUCUUGAUUGCACUGAUGAGGAGCUCUUUAUCUCUUUGGAGAAAAUGGCUGAUGGGUACCCUCCUCCUGGCAAUGUGAUUACUGAUGUCAAUCCUUACAACUAUGAACCAUCAAAUUUGCCAGAUGGAAUUUGGUACUUUAUUCCCUCCAAGGAAAAUGGGCCUAUAGAACUUGGAUUCUGGAGGGUCAAAGGGGAGGCUUGUAAACUAUUCUCAAGCUCUGCCAUCACAGGUUGGAGGACAACUCUUGAAUUUUUUGAAGGUCAAGUGCCUCACGAGCAAAAAACUGAUUGGAUAAUGCAAGAUUAUUGGAUAACUCGGAAAGGACCUGAUGAAAAUAGCAAAGUGAAGCCAACGCGGGUUUGGUUGGAUACUUUGCAGGAAGGCAGCUCAUUAUGCAAAGUCUUCCAUGGUGGUGAACAAGGUCUGGAUCAUAACAAUCGCCAGAAGAUGGCUAGCCUCCAUGUUCCACAUGACUCGACACAGUCAAUUGUUCUCAAGACUCUCAAUGAUACAAGCAAACCUGUGGCGAACAAGGAUGGUGAGACAGGAAAUUUGGCUGUGACAGGAGAACCUCCAAGUGCUCUAGUGGAAAUGGAAAACCCAGCAGAAAUUGACUAUUUUUCUAGAGGUGACUACUUGGAGCUGCGAGAUCUUGAUACUCCAGCAUCACGUUCUUCAACAUCGGAUAAUUCAAGUUGCUUCACCAUGUCAUCUGAUGAAUGUUUUGACUCAUUGGCUUUGCUGGAAGAAAUAGAAGCUAAAAUUAACCAAGACUCGGUACAAAAGAAUGAAAGUUGCAAGUUGAGUAUCUCUGCACCAUCCAAACCGGAUGAGGUUGUUUGGGCUCCAGCGUCUCCAGGGUCUUUAAUUGGCAUUGAAGAGAGCAAGCCACAUACAGGAGAAAUUCUUGCAACUGAAUCAUCUCCACCCACUUUAGCUAAUGACCAUAAAGAUCAAGAUAAUAUAGUUUUACAGCAUUCAAUCAGAAACCAGAAGGCCAAUUACAGUGAUGAAGGUUCAUCAAGUUCUAAUGAUGUAGGCACAUCAUCCGAUCACCGUCUUCCAUUUCAAGAUGCAGAAAGAAAGGUCGAUGAGAGCAGAUUGAAAAAACUAAAGAAGAAGAAGAAGUAUCUGUGCUUCAUGCCACUUCACUUCCUCUUCUAACUUCAAGCAUAUAUAGCAAGGUGUGUAUGUAAGUAGUUGAUGAAUAGUAUUAGAUAACUCUGAUUCUGAUAUUGAAGAAAGAUAUAGGAAAUUGAUUACUUGGUUGCUUGCAGGGAUAGAGCAGUCUAUACAUUUUUCUCUUAUACACUUACAAUGCAAGAAACUGCUGCUUCCUUUAUUUAUUUAUUUUUCAUUGAAUAUGGUUGGGCCUUGUAAACAUAAAACUUUUUGGGCCAGUAAAACAGGCUUUAUCUCAAGAGAAUAGAUAUCUAAUGAUUUUAUCCAA